AUGGGUGAAGAUAUCACCAAUUACAGAAAUGUGCUUGGUAACUACAAGGCAACCAUUAACAUUGCGAUAGGCGGAGCAACUUUUAAGUCUGUCGCUGUCACGCGUCAAGUCCUUCAGGAUUACAAGGACAUGAUACAGAACACCACAACAGACCUUCAAGACCGACUGAACGAAAUCGAGCACAAGCUAAAAUCCGGGUGCUUGCCAGACAAGCCAAGCACGGAUAUAAACCGCGAAGAGUUACAAAGGAUAGAAGAGGAACGACAGAGUACAACACUCUGUCUUGAGAUCUGUAAACAGGUCUCAGGAUAUAUUGAGCUAUAUCAAUUUAAACGCGACGAUGGAGCAGGACAAGCAGCGAGCUCACCACAUGGUCACAAAACGCAAGCAAAGGCUAAUAUUGGCAUUGCUCGGCAAAUAGCCCAAAACUCCUUGACUUCUUGCCUUCAGAAUGUGAAUGCAGCGUCAGCUCGACUCCAAGAGCACCUCAAAAACUUAGAAGCAAGCCUGCAGUCUACCAGCAAUCCAUCAGUGUCUGGACAGAUUUCUUGCGAGCUUCAGAAGAUUAAGGAAGAGAGAGAAACAAUCUCUCACUGUCUUACGAUCUGUUCGGAUGCCUCUAUUCUAUCUGAGAGUAGUCGGGUGAAUCUCUUCGAAGAUGUAGCUUCCAUGGAUGACGCAAAGCAAGUUCUGGUGUCAACUAUUGGAGACUUGAUAAACGCCAAAAGGAUAACUACUGGAAUGAGGUCGUUGCAACUACUAGGACAGAUGUCUGAUGAGUCAAUACAGCAUUUAUCUUCUCAGCACAGUUUCUCCGGGCGAGAAAGUGGCGGGUAUUGA